AUGAGGCCACAAGAACCGAUCAAAAGAAGACGUGGAAGGCCUCCCAAGAACAACAAGCUGCCCGAGGCCUUUCCAACGCUUACUUUGCAGUUUCAAACUUCCCCUGACUCCGGUUCCCCGACUGCAGAGUCCAACUCGAAUAUGAUGGUGAAGAUGGGAGAACCCGAUGCUUUCACACCCUUGAUGAAAGUGUCUCCUUCUAUUCCGUCAAGUAGGAAACGCAGAAGAAAGAGCAAUUACCAUUCCGAUAUAGAGGAAUCUCCCAGUAAGCGAUCCAGCUUAAGUCAAAACGCCGACAUGGGUCCUGAAGAGCCCCUUUUGACUCCAAUGUCGUUAUCAUCAGUGAAUAGCGGCACCAACCUGUAUCUCAACGCAAAGACUUUGGACAAUAUAGCCCAGGUUACCCGCAGUGAUUCACAGGUGCUGCCAACUCCCAAGUACACUCUCGCUACUCCUCCUAAAAUCAAUCCGGUUCUCAGAAACGGUAGCUCGCUGGCGAAGUCUACCGCAAAUGUACCCCAAAAGAUAGAAGAAGAAGAUGAAGCUGCGAAAAAGGAGUCAAAACUUUCGAAGAGAACGCUGACAGACCUCAUGAGUUAUAUCGAUGAUGAUUCGUUCGUUUUUCAGCUCGUCGUGGAUGACAAAGGAAAAGCAGUGCUAUCCAAUAAAGGGUCCAGUACCAAAACGAAGCCGACUCAGCAAAUUGCAAAUGACCAAGUUCACGAGGCCUCAUUGCCUUCUGCAAUGACUCAAACAAAUCCUGUUAUGGGAAGCGAAAUGUUGCGUCCUAUACAGAAAGACGGAAAACGUUUGGAGUCUUUCAAGCCUACUCUUCCGUCGUAUGCUAGUUUGGUUUCGGCAUCUGAUUCUGACAUCCUGACAGACAAACUCAUAGUCCCCCAAACUCCCCAGAGCAACAAUAUCGUUUACAGUGAAACACCGAUUUUCAUGCAGACAGAUACCAGUGGUUCCAAUGGGGAAUUGGCAUUUAACUUGACUCCGCAAUUCAAUGCUAUGAUGUAUCUGAUGAUGAACAUCAACUCCCCACAGCAGAAGAAAAAUUUUUCCCAGCAACAGCCGUUUUUAAAUCCCCAAGUGGAUUUAAACCAGUAUUCAAAACUGAACAGUGCACAAGUUCAUGCAAUAGAUACCCGUGAGAUUCUUGGUGGUGGUCAGGACACAUCCCCAGAAAGCUCAAACUCUGACGAAGGAGAUGCUCGUGCCGCUCUACGCAAAGCAUUUCAUAGAAGAAAGUAG